AAAGGAACCGAAUGUGAAGUUUUUCCUCGGUCGCCGUCGAAGUGUUUUUCGGACUGCUGAUAAAUUGCUAUUUUUGUGAUUGAAUUCGGUCUUGUCGGAUAGUAAGUGAUACGUUAAUCGCUAGGGUGCAUCUAUAACUACAUGAAACGAUCCCUGUUGGGUGGAAUCUCUCAAAGUUAAGCGAGAAAAGUGAAUUUUAUUGGCUGCCAUCUCCUGAGUGAGCAAAUAGGAAAAAAAAGUUCACUACUUUCGCAUUCAUAGCAGACGGGGCGGUGUACGACUGUGAGCGAAAUGAACCGCGCAUAAAGUGUUGGUGAAUCGAGCACACACUGCAAAAUACGGAAGCAGCGCUAAGUAGUGUUGGUAGUGCUUCAAAAAGCGUUCAUUCAUGAUUGCUGAAUUGGCUUGGAAGUGAGCAUUAAAUCAUGUCAAUGGUCCCUUCAUGACUUUCACUCCAACAAGAUCACUAUACCAAUAUACAAUGAUAUUACGAAGUGAGCUCUAUCAAGACUCUAGAACAUUAUAGUGUAACAUAUAAAUCCGAGCCGAUACAUUCUGCUCAAACAAACAACUAUCUGCAUCGUAUGACAUAGCUACAAACCACAUCUUACUGUGAGCCUGCUUUCCACCGCUGGCGGCUGCAGGGAUCAGAAAGCGGCAUAAACUACAAAAAAGGAAGAAGUAUAUACUUAUCGGGCAACUGUCAGGAUAAAUGCUAGCGGAAACAGCUGAGUAUAUAUCAGGAUAAGACAUUUUUCAACCGAAUCCAACACACAUACAUUGUGGCAGUGGGAGCGGCAGGUGGCGCCAUUCUAGAUACGAGCCAUCAUAGUCAUUAGUUUGUAAGUGGUUAUUAGCCCAAUACUUGUGUGGGAACACUAGCAGCUGUUUUCGAGGACACUCGUAGGUGCUGCAGUAAUCCGUAAUCUCCGAUGGCAGGAAGCAUUAAGCAAGACGAUGUGUGCUACGUCGUAGCCAAGUAUGAUUAUGCUGCACAAGGUGCUCAAGAGCUCGAUCUUAGGAAAAAUGAACGGUAUAUGCUGCUGGACGACAGCAAACACUGGUGGCGAGUUCAGAACGCGCACAACCAGUCUGGCUAUGUGCCAAGUAAUUACGUUAAGAAAGAAAAAAAAUCGGUUUCCUUGUUCGACAGUUUCAAGAAGAAGGUAAAAAAGGGUUCCUCGGGCAGCAAAACCCUUCCAAAUUGCUCACCUUCUCGUCAGGUGGAUAGUCCAACAAUGAGCCGAAGGCUACCACCGGAUCCAUCGGAAGCAGUUGCUUCAACUCCUAUUGGAACUGCCAUAGUAAAGUAUAACUACCAGGCCCAGCAGCAGGAUGAGCUAUCGUUAAUCAAGGGUACACGAAUACUGAUUCUCGAAAAGUCCAACGAUGGUUGGUGGCGUGGUCAAAGUGGUUCCGCCACCGGAUGGUUCCCUAGUAAUUACACUACGGAAGAAACUGAGGACGAUACUGUUCACACCUAUGCCAUGGCAGAAAACGUAUUGGAUAUUGUUGUGGCGCUUUAUUCUUUCAACUCGAAUAACGACACAGAAUUAUCAUUCGAGAAAGGAGAUCGCUUGGAGAUUCUCGAUCGACCUGUCACUGAUCCCGAAUGGUUCAAAGCUCGAAACAACAAUGGUCAGGUCGGUUUAGUACCACGCAACUAUCUGCAAGAGUUGUCGGAGUAUCUGGCGCAACCCUAUCGUAGUAAUAAUGGAAGCGGUCCCGAUUCGUUAGAUCGACGACCCAAUGAUCAGCAAACGAACAACAAUAAUUCAAGCUCUGCCAACAGCAACAACAAUAACUCCCAACAGCUGGAUCGACCACCGCUUACUGGGAAAAGCUGGUACUACGGUGCUAUUACGCGGAGUCAAUGUGAUACGGUGCUGAAUACUCACGGUCACGACGGAGACUAUCUGAUUAGAGAUAGUGAAACCAAUAUGGGCGAUUACUCGGUAUCGCUGAAAGCCCCCGGCCGUAAUAAGCAUUUUCGUGUACAUGUUGAAGGUAACAUGUACUGCAUCGGGCAACGAAAAUUCCACACACUUGAUCAGCUUGUGGACCACUACCAAAGAGCACCUAUCUACACCAAUAAGCAGGGCGAGAAGCUGUAUCUCGUGCGGCCUCUGCCGAAAGCGAAUGGAACCUAAGGACGAUUUUGCUUUGCUACCGAUUUUGUUGGUUGUCAGGUAAGCGCGCAUGUUUUAACUGUUUAUAUUCAAAUUGCAUGGCAAGCAAAAUCAUGCACGCAUCAUAAUAUUAGGCUACAACAAGGGUUACGUAGGACGAAAGUAUAUUGGAUGACUUCGUGAAAAAUGCCGCGUAUAUUGGUAAUUAUUAUAAUUAUUUAUUUAUCAAGACUUGGACAUGUUGUAAAACAAUCUGGGUAUAGUUUUUCCUACGCGUGAAACUUUUCUGGAUGUGAAAGCGAAAAUAAAACAAUAAAAAUACUCGAAGAGCAGAAUCACAACGUAGUCAUAGAACACGAAUCCGAAUGAAUGUGUUCGAGUAUUCGUGCAAGCAGAAAAAAGACUAUUCUUUUUAAACAAAAGUACGUGUAUUCGUACGUCCUACUAAGCAAAACAAAGUACAGUACAUUACCCCUCAAGAAAGAAAUGUAUCAUAGACUUGCAGUUAAAAAGAUCAUAUUGACAUUCACUAAUGCUUAGUAAACAGUACAUAACAUUCAAAUAAAACACAAUUCAAAUAAAAUGGUGCAGCUUCAAGACAUUUAUAAUAACAUUAAAAUACAUAGUGCAUGAAUGGUUUUUAUAGUCACAGAGAAGAGUAACCGUAUGUGGAUAUACAGUAAAACUAGUAUUCCGGCCAGCAUUUUUAA